AUGGCAGACUUUUUGGCCUCGUUCAAAUUUGGCGCGGCGGAGGAUGACGAGCCCGUGCGAGUAGAAGCUUGUGCAAGCCUCGACGAAGUGCAAUCCCGCUUCCGCGAUGGCUACGAGGGAAAAGUGACCGAAACGCGAGCGGAACACAUGAUUAUAAGCAUCGACAUUGGACCCUCGACUCAGUUUACCAUUUUCGACAGUCAUGGCGACGACAACGUCGACCCCAGCCUAAGCAGAAUCUCCGCCCGCGAUGCUUUGGUGUCGCAGCCGCAGCAGAACCCUACCACGCAACGAGCCGUCGCGCGAGAGAUUCUCAACGCCAUUGGAGAAAUAGACUCGAGUACAUGGUCGAUUAUUGAGGAAGAGCGCAAAGCGCAGGGCUGGUUCAUCACGUAUGUCUGUAAUCACUCUUGGAAGCAGUGGACACGGCACGACACGGCGGCACAGGCGCCUCCAAUCCUUGAAUACAGCCACAAGGAGCUGGACUUUUUGUCUCGAGCGCGACCUGCGUUUGACUGUCGAGGAACAGUGACGAUCAGCUUUUCGAAAGGCAACAGUGCUAUAACCGUCAACUACUCACACACUCCUUUCCAUCGGACAGUCGGUGAGCAAUACGACUUAUUCAAGCCGCCACCUCCGCCCCCGAGAGUCGCACCUGAGAAGAAGACGCCCGGCUCGGCCAAGAAGAGGGACACGCCACGCAGGAAACAAGCCGCGACUGGACCGGAUGGAGAGCCCCUCCCUAAGAAGCCGAGGAAACGACCCAGAAAAGGCGCAAAGAAUCAGCUUUCAAAGGCAGAGUUGGUUCCCAUCGCAGACGAUGGGACGUCGGUGUCUGCAGUCGAUGCUGCGGACCAGGUUGCUCUUGCAGCUCUUUCAGCAGCGACAGCUGAAGAAACUGUUCCGAACGAUGGCGCGGCGGAGACGGCCCAGAAUAGCACAGCAUCGCUGAAUGUUUCGCCCGAAGAGGCGGUACGACGGCGCGAAACGGCCACCAAGAGGCUCACCGAGGCUGGCAUUGACCCGGCCACGCUCAGUGCGGGUCAAUUCAGCAUUUUUUCCAACCAGUCGCCAGAAGUGCAGACAGAGUCUCUGAAUAUGCUCGUCAAGUACGGUGCAGAGAGGCUGCACAUUGUGCAUCCAGUAAAGAAGGAUAGCCCACGACCGGCUCCGAGCCAGCCUGAUGCCGAAUCUAUAGCGUCCGGCGCUGUCAGUCCUAACCGGCUUGCGAACGAUACUGCGAGCGAAGAUGCUGAUGCCGGUGUCUCUGCCGCUGAAGCAACUGCUAAGCCAAAGACACCAAGCAAAGCCAAAGCCGGAACGAAAUCACGAGUCUUUUGUUUCAACUGCAAGCUCUCAAAAUCCAAGUCUGGGUUGACCUGCGAGUACCCAGCGUCCAAACCCAGACCCAGGAAAUCUGCUGCUCUUGUGACAGAAGAUGAGGAUACCAUCAUGUCGGAGACUAUGGAUGCCGAAGGCGAGGCAGUAGUCCCUAGGACAGAAGAUGUCGUUCUCGCAGAAGUCGAGGAACCCCGCCAACCAUCGACCUUUGCGCAGGUUCCCAUUGCAGACAUGAUGCAAAUUACUCCAGAUAGUGAGGGCAAUGGCUCUCGCCCCAUUGGAGAAGCGAGUAUUCAACCUUCAUACGAAAAUACCCCUCCGACAAGCUCGCUCAACUGGAGCUCAGGCGGCCUAGCACUGCCUCAAGGGAGGGUCUUUUAUCCUCCGGCCGUUACAACAGUACCGGAAGAACCGCUGCCAAACAACGCCAGUACCGUUGUGGGUGCACCGGCCCUAAAGAGGUCCCAGCGGGCGCCGAAACCUACAGCAAAGGCUAUGGGCCGUGUACCGACUCCUGCUCAGGCCCUCAUCGCUUCACCCACUCGCGAAAGACACGAGAGUCCCCUUGAACGCCACAAUCCUAGAAGACACGAGGCCCAACCACGCAACCAGCUUGCCUUUGACCGGGCUCCGGCUGAUCCAUACGGUCAAUCGGUAACUCAGCCGCAGUACGCGAGUGAUGCGCAUCGACAAAACACCAGCUAUGGCCAGAGCCAAGCAGCUUAUCCUCCAUUGCUAGACACCGCAUCGGAGAGAGUUGCGUAUGAUCCUCAUGCGAGUGCGUAUCGCAAUCCUGCACCGCCCAGGUCAUUCAGCCAGCAGAAGCCGUCGGCCCCUGCACAUGCUGGCGCCGCCAAGCCCUCAUGGCCCAGUCGCGGGCACGAUGUUGCGGCAGCAGACAAUCACCACAGAACACACGGCUAUGGAGGAAGCACUAGUCCAGCCAAUGCGAUGUCGUUGGCGCAUCCACCGAACCAGCGUCACAGAAGCAGCGGCAGCCAUGACGGAGCGCACGGCAUUAUGGGCGCAGCUAAGCGCAGCGUCUCGUCGCAAAAGUCGUACUCGUCGCAGUCGACGCAGCAGCAGGCCUCGGCUGUACCAAACCAGCAGCAGCACUCGCAGCAGCACUCGCAGCAACACUCGCAGCAGUCUUGGUAUGGAUAUAAUGGUCUCCAUGGCAGCUCUACGACCAACACGCAUCAGAACCACAGCUGGGGAGGCUCGACUGGCAACGGCUGGAAUUGA